GAUGCAACUCAGGUGCGCUUUUAAUCGUGGAGCUGGUCUUAAGAUAUGUGUGUCAAAUGUUGAUAUGAAAAUAUAGAUUAAUUAGAUAUUAAGUUUGUCUCGUGUAGUGUCUUCGUUGAGUGCAUCUAUUUUGAACAAGUUGCAGUACGGUACUGGCAAAUGAUAGCAAUUUUGCAAAGUAAUCAUGCCUUUGACCGCGAACUUAACAUUGUUCGGGCAGGUCACCAGCGAGGACUUCAAUGCAACCAGCGUGGAGUAUCAAAGGCUUGUGGAGUUAUCUCAUCGUCCCAUAAAAGUCGCCAUAAUAUCAAUUUUGGGUGCAAUGAUCACUUUGGGAAACAUCGCGGUGAUCUUGGUUAUUGCCUCCUCGGUGGCCGGCUGGUCCAGGAACUCUCGUUACUUCCUGAUGUCUCUAACUGGGGCAGACACCGCUUUUGGGCUGAUCGUCAUGCCCCUAAACCUGUGUGUAAGUCUUCUGAAGGACUACAGCGACGGGCCGGACCCGCUUUGCCAUGUGGUGGCAUUCGUGAACUCCACCAUCUACGCGACCUGCAUGUACACGCUGGCCACUAUAAGCAUAGAGAGAUACGUGGCCGUCUUUUAUCCACUAAAGUACUCGUCGGUCAUGACCCGAAACAGAACCCAACUUCUGAUCGCCUUCGCCUGGUUCUUCCCUCCAGUUUUAUUACUACCCAUUUCUUUCCCCAACACGAUCAUCGAGGUGCACUUCUCCACCGCGUCUUUAGUUUGCAAUCCCUCGUACUCCAGCAACGUUGGCUACUCGCUGACUUUAACCGGCUUGAUAUUCUUCCCAUGUUCGACCAUCAUGACCUACGCCAACCUCCGGCUCUGGCUGGCGGCGAAGAAGCAGCGCAUCAAACUUUCGAAGCACGAAAUGGGAGGUAGGGACCGGCCUGACGUCGCUUCGCGGGUGCUGGUGCCCGUCAUGACCGUGUACUACGCGUGCUGGACUCCUUGCAUGGUUACAAUACUCUAUAAUGCCAUCUCGGGCAGUGCGGUCCCAGAGUGGGUGGAGUUUGUGGCUGUGUGGCUACCUACUGCCAAUGGCUUCCUCAACUGCAUCUUCUAUUUCUGGAUCAACCGCAGCUUUCGCCGGAAGUUCCGUUCAGUUGCACAGAGGCUUUGCCUGUGCAUGUGCCCCCAGCCCGGGCAGGGGCUGAGGUGCUCGGUCCCUGGGGGGGUUCAUGUGGUGGCCGGUGUCUGGGACAACAACAAUUGUCUCCAGGAGCGAUCGGCCAGCGUGUCCUCGACAUGCACGCUGAUCACGCUGGCCGUGGAGACCCACAUGUGACCAUUUGGCUGCUGGCUGGCCCCUCCUCCUGCAGCCUGUGUACAGUGAACCCCCAACACCCCCCACCCCAAAACACAGGUCGGUCGCUGUGGAACUAGAAUUAAUAGUUAAGCUUCUUUAAAGGUAAAUCCAAGAUCAGUCAUGAUGGUGGUCGGUCUGAUUGAUUGAAUUUAUUGAAUUGAUCUGACACUGAAGGCUGAGUAUUUGCUGAGUAUUUGCUGAGUAUUUGCUGAGUAUUUGCUGAGUAUUUGCUGAGUAUUUGCUGAGUAUUUGCUGAGUAUUUGGUGCCAUGAUGCUUUUGUAUGAUGGACUUCGACAACUUCACCAGAAAUUCAUCAUGAAGGACAUGGCUAGUUUGAUCUGUAUAUAACUGCAUUCUCUUAAAUCUGAACAUGGUACCAUGUUUUUAUGCUUUUCAAACAAAAAAUUAAUGAAUUUGUAUAUUAAAAUUUUAUAUUUGUAAAAAAAAAUGCACUUAAGUACUGUAUAUGCUUGUUCAAAAUUGAAUUUGUAUGGGGAAAAUAAAGCUUAAUGCCUUUGUUUCUAA